CUCCGCCCACCACGGCGGGGCACUGGCAGAAGCAAAGUCACGUGGUGGGCGGAGAGCCUAGGCCGGUGCUAUGAAGCGGAGCGCGGGGCUCGCGGGCGAGAGCCAGAAGGCUGAGACCAAAGAGGAAUUUGUUAAAGUCAAAAAAAGAGAUUUGGAGAGGCUUACAACUGAAGUGAUGCAAUUACGGGAUUUCUUACCCAAAAUACUAAAUGGCAGUGUCUUGGAGAGCUUCCAGAAAUCACAUCUUAUUGAAACAAGUAUGGAGAAAAGAGAGCAAGAACUAGAGCAGCUGAGAAUGGAUUGUAAACACUUCAAAGCCCGUCUGGAAACAGCCCAGGCAGAUAGCAUGAGGGAGAAGAAGGAGAAACUAACUCUUCGACAGCAGCUGAAUGAAGCAAAACAGCAACUACUGCAGCAGGCGGAGUAUUGUACAGGAAUGGGAGCAGCAGUAUGUACUUUGUUAUGGGGCGUCUCUAGCAGUGAAGAAGCAGUUAGAAACAUUCUAGGAGGAAGUAAAGCAGUAAUUUUUUUUGCAAUCACUGGACAAACUAUGGAGAGUUUUGUGAAGUCUUUAGGUGAAGAUACAAAACAGCAGGAUCUGGAUUCUGAUGAAAAUCAGUUUGUAUUAGCUCUGGCAGGGAUUGUAACAAAUGUUGCUGCAUUGGCAUGUGGCCGUGAGUUCCUGGUUAAUUCCAGUCGGGAGCUGUUGGACACAAUGAUACAACUUCUGGGAGAUAUGAAGCCAGGAUUUUGUACCAAACUUAAAGUGCUAAUGCUGAUGUCACUGUACAACGUGAGCAUCAACUUGAAGGGCUUGAAGUACAUUAGUGAAAGUCCAGGCUUCAUUCCAUUACUUUGGUGGCUGUUGAAAGAUCCAGAUGCAGAAGUGUGUCUUCAUGUACUGCGGCUUCUCCAGUCUGUGAUUCUAGAACCAGAAGUUUUAGCCAAGUCAGCACCUGAGAUGCGUGACACAUUGCCAUUUCAGCGUAUCAAAGCACUGUCAAAGAGCCGCAAUGUAGGUCUGCAAACACUGGCACAAGAACUGCUUGAUGACCUUAAGAUACUAGAAUAUGAAGUGUAGACAUAUACCUAUUUGAUUAUUGGGACUGUGACUUUUUGCAUUUCCCCCUGUAGGUGUAUACCCAUUAUGCUGUAAGUGUGUGCAAAAAUGGUUGUAGAUUUUAAAUCUAUAUGCAGAGAAACAGUACAGUUAUUGGUGAUGGAUUUUGAAUGAAACACUUGACUCUUCUUCUGUCUGAAUGUCUGCCUGAAGCCAGAUUGUCCAACCAAAAUAAUAGGUGAAAAAGUGCACCCUGGGAUUAGCUGCUUGAAUGUAAUGUUAGAAGAACUUAAUUUAUUUGAAAAGGAUUUUGUUGAUACCAGGUUUCAAAAGUAAUUCAGACUAUAUGACCUAUUUAUGAUGCAGAUGAAGGAAAAUGACCGAGUGUAGGUAAUAUACAGUUUAUUUCAAUAGUAAAUAGGCUUUUUGGUCCAGUUCUAUCCAUCUCUAAUAAUUAAUGUUCUAAAAGAAAACUUUUGGUCCUUAUUUUGGCCAUAGUGUUUCAGAACUUAUAACAAGUUUCAGUUUUAUUUUUUCCCACUCUUGUUUUUAAUAAAAGAAAGCUGGAGUUGUAUAGAGUGUAAUAGAUUCUACUUUUGAAAUAUUAAGGUUCAGAGGAGCUGUUGGUGACCUGGGUUUGUAGUCGCCAGGAAUAUUAGAAACUGAACCACUGGCUUAUCAAAGGCUUUGCAAAAAGGAAAAGAAUUGCUGAUGUCAGGAUGCAAUAGCUCUGCAACCAAAGAGGCAGAAGUUAAUUACUGCUUUGCAUGAACUGUGUUGUAUUCACUUGAAAUUCUUAUUGAUAUUUAUUAAGAGUAUUAUAUAUAACUUGCCACAAUUAUAAAUCUGAAGUUUAUCUUACAUACCUGAGAGUGCCAAAAUCUGUAGCUAUAAAAGUAACUCCAUAGUUCAGAGUUUUCAGGUAAUUAUAACCUAGUUCGUGACAUUACUGUAGUGCAGGCAGUGGCAGGUCAGAAAAAUACUUCUCCAUCAGGUUGCAUUUCUUCAGUCAUGAAACGAACACUUUAACAGAGACACAACAUUUGUUUCUUAUAUAUCAUCUGUACAGAAGGCAAAGAAUUCAGUCUCCUUAAUCAGUCAUAGUCUUUUUUGUGAGGGAGUUGUUUUUAUGCCUUGUGUGUAGCUUUACAGGAGGUCAUUCUUCAGGCAGUGGCAGAAGACACAAACAUUGUAAAACUUAAACCUUCUUUCCUGUCAAGCAAACCACUCAACAGUGACUUAUGUUUGACGUGGUGCAGUAUGAUUGGUUAUAUGACAUCAGACAUAAGCCCAAACCAAUAUAGAGGAAGGAAUGCUGUAGCAACAUAUUAGAAAAGAGAGAGGGGAAAAAUGUUCUGCUUUGAAUGGAGCCCAUACCAUAAGUACAUAUUUUUCUUAAUGAGGUACUGUCAACAAUGGGGGAUUUGCAUGUAUAAAGAUACAGUGGGAAGAGCUUUCAUGACAAGGAGACUUGCAGAAUGCUAGGCGUAUUUGAAGAUAUAGUUAAAAUUUAAUGCAAAAUCCUUAGUUUCAGAAAUUAUUUAACUACUACAAAAUUUAAUAGGUCUUGACUAGGACCCAGUGCUUUACAUGGCAAAUAAGAUAAAUCUACCAGAAUAUAUGCUGUAAGAGCCCAGUGUUACCAUGAAAUAUAAGAAAGUCAUCAAUGAGGUCAGAAAGGAGUGAGGAAAUGGAAGCGAUGACAGGAGCUUUUAGUGGGAAUGCUGCUCUUCCUGACUGAAAAAUGUAUUUUCUUUUGGAUUUAUUUCCUCACUUAGACACUGGUUAGCCGAAACUGUAUCCCACAAUGGAAUUAAAAUGGUGGUAACCUGUAAUUUCCUGAAUUAUCAACAAAAAAAGUUUAAAAAACAAAAGACCAAAUGCAAACUUAAUCGCCUAUUUUUCAGUCAAACUUUUGAAAGGCAUUAAAAAAACAAAAAUUAAAAAGGUCUGUGUGGAGGAGGUCAGAGCUGUUUGGUUUAAUUGUUGACUCACUGGUAAGCAAAACCAGGCCCACUGCCUGGAGCUGAGUUGACAGGUUUGAUUGGAACCUUAUGACUUUUGUCCAUUCUCAGAAUUGGUGGUGAAUGCAGGUGUGGCUUCCAGCUGACCUCCUCCCAAAGUGUCACUUGCUAGGGUGAUGAUCCUGUGUAAUCAGAUGUAAAGCUGCAGUUGCCCAAGUGUAUGGAAGUCCCUAGUUAGUUUUAAUUAUGCAGUUUUAAUGUUCAGCUGUCUCUAUAAAAGCCAGUGCAUCUUGUUAAACUCUUGAAUUAUGAAAAACUCUGAGACAAAACAGAGAUAAAGCAGGUUAUGUUUUAAGAAAGCAAAUAUGCUUUUAAUUUUUAUUGAAGAAUAUGCAACAACAAUAUUACAGUUCUUAAUUCAUUAUAUUCCUGUUCAUUGUUUGGCUCAAUACAAACGAAAAAAUGCAUUCCGAAGGUUUCGUCAGUGCAAGGAAGUGAAAGUUGACUCUACUGGUUUUUUUCAGCUCCAACAAAAAAGUUAGUCUGACAAGGGUUGAAUUAAGUUUAGGUCAAUGAACCUGUUUAUCCAGAGUCAAGCUUGGCCUUUAACAUUUCAAAAUGUUGGAAUUCUGUUUUUCUAAGGCGUCUGCUGUUUGAAUAUUGAAGUACAAUAAACAAUACUUUACUAACUAUGAAACUUA